AUGGCCACAUCCACACCUACUGAAAAGCUGAAGGAGGAAGCUACCUGCGCCAUCUGCCUAUCCCUGAUGAAUAACCCAGUGAGCAUCAACUGUGGACACAGCUACUGCCGCUCAUGCGUAAUAGACUUCACUGACAAUCAUCCACUGCAAAAGUGGUUCUUCUGUCCCCAGUGCCGGGUCCGAUUUCAAAUGACAAGCCUCCGGCCCAACAAGCAACUGGGAAACCUCAUUCAGGCCAUCAAGGAGAUGAACGAAAUGGAAUGCAAAGAACACAGAGAACGAUUCCACCUUUUCUGUGAAGAUGAGGGUCAGCUUAUCUGCUGGCGCUGUGAGCGGGCACCAGAGCACAAAGGGCACACCACAGUUCUUGUUGAAGAUGUAUGGCAGGGGUAUAAGGAAAAGCUCCAGGAAGCUAUAACAAACUUGAAGCAACUUAAUGAUGAAUGUAUGAAUCUAAAGGAAUUGACAAUAAAGCAAAUAGAUGAAUGGAAGGAGAAGAUAAAAGCUCGGAAAGAAAAAAUACAGUCUGACUUUAAGAAUCUCCAAAGUUUCUUGCGUGAGGAAGAGAAGUUUUGUCUGUGGAGGCUGGAGAAAGAAAAAGAGGAGACUCUCAAAAGAUUGGAGUACAAUGAAGAUAUUCUGGAGCGGAAGAGCUUUGAACUUAGGAGCUAUAUUCAGAAUCUAGGGGAGAAAUGUCAGGGCUCACCCCAGGAAUUGCUUCAGGAUGUAAAGGACACUUUAAACAGGAGCUGGGAUGUGAAGCUAGAAAAACCACAAACCCUCUCUUUGGAGGUUAACACUGUGUGCAAUGUUUCUGAGCUUUACUUUGAUGUGAAGAAAAUGCUAAGAAGCUAUCAAGUCCGUGUGACGCUGGAUCCAGAUACAGCUCAUCCUGAACUAAUUCUAUCUGAGGAUCGCAGACAAGUGAUUCGUGGAUGCCCUCAGGAACAUCUUAACACUUCUGCCAGGAGAUUUUGUUUCUUUCCCUGUGUUAUGGGCUGUGAGGGCUUCACCUCAGGAAGACACUACUUUGAAGUGGAUGUGGGAGAAGGAACUGGGUGGGAUUUGGGAGUUUGUAUAGAGAGUGUGCAAAGAGAUGAGCGCAUGAACCAGAAGCCUGAGUUCGGAUUCUGGACCAUCAGGCUGUGCAAAAAGAAUGGUUAUAUAGCACUUAGCUCUCCCCCAGUUAGCCUUCAUCUGGAGGAUAAGCUCCUGGUUGCAGGGGUUUUUCUGGACUAUGAAGCUGGAGUUGUAUCCUUUUAUAACAUGACCACUGGCUCCCACAUCUUCACCUUCCCGAAGGCUUCCUUCUUUGAUACUCUCCGGCCCUAUUUCCAGGUUUAUCAGUACUCUCCUUUGUUCCUACCUCCCCCAGAUGAGUAA